AUGUUGGUUUAUAUACGGUUAUAUUACGGAAUCCCUUUUAUUCAAGGAGAAGAUGUUAUCAAAGGCGUGGAACGACUGGGUUGUAGCACGGAGCUUGACUGCAACAUCACCAACGGCGUUUGUUUAGAAGGACUUUGCAGGUGUGAAAGAGGCUACUAUGCACCGUACGAUGCUAGAGUUUGUGAAAAGGAACAAGUGGUGGGCACAUUUUGUCAAGAUGACACUGACUGUGUGAAUGGUACCUCUCCUUGGGCGUGUAUUGGAUUCCGGUGCCGCUGUGCAAGUGAAGGCUUUUACGCUAUAGAGGGAAGGGACUCUCUCUGUAAGAAUACUCGUCCAAAAGUUGGAAUGACUUGCACAUCUGACGAUUUCUGCCGGGAAAAGUUACAAACAAAAUACAGUUACUGUACGAAAACCGGGUCUCGAGGUGUCUGUAGAUGUAGAUAUCCUUAUCAUGGGACUAAUGGAGACAGAGAAUGUAUUAUAAAGGCAGGAGUAGGGCUAAAAGGUUGCAUGGGCAAUGAUCUGUGCAACCAGUAUAACACAGAUUCAGUGAAACUAAUAUGUCAAAGAGCCAGUCUAUGGGUAUUGGGCACCUGUGUAUGUCCACAUGGAGCUUAUGGGGCGCUAGGUUCUUUAACCUGCAAAAAUGAAACGGUGAUUGGCACGUUCUGCAACAAAACCAUUGAUACAUCCCUGUGUCAGUCAGCAAUCAAUGACAGCCAGUGUCUGGACGGUAGAUGUCAGUGCAAGUCAGGUUUCUAUGGGAAAGAAGCUGGGAAAAACUGCACUUACACCCAAGUCGUUGGUCUCGAGUGCCAAAAUGAUACCGACUGUAGCAGAGUGAACAACACCAUUUGUGAGAACAAGAAAUGCUCUUGUCUACGUGGAUACUACGCUGAGGAAGGGGAGCAUGCGUGCAAGGAAGUGCUGCUUGGUACACCGUGUGUGGUUGGCAAUGUGGGCUUCUGUCCAACAGCUGUAAAUCAUAGCCACUGUGAUUUUGAAACAGACACGUGCGUCUGUAAGAAAGGAUAUUUCAACGAGACGUUGUAUGAAUGUUUAAAAGUGACUUUAGGAACACACUGCAAUGACAGUGCCAAGUGCAGUAAUACUAUCAUGAAUAGCACGUGUAAAGCCACCAUUUGUCAGUGUCAGUCUGGAUUCUACAACAGCAGCUUGGAGAUGUGCGAGAAAGUCGUGAUUGGGUCGCCUUGCUCUGUGGACAGUUCAUGUAGUAAUGUACCAAAUACUCGGUGUUUGGGAGGAAUGUGUGUAUGUAAUGACACGGCUUACCACCAUAAAGAAACUGACUCUUGUAAAAUCAAGAAAGACCUGGGACAACAUUGCGAUGGAGACGUAGAACAAGAAUGUAGAACACCGAACGCAUCCUGCAUGGCGGGCACCUGUAGUUGUCUGCUUGGCUUCUAUAAACACCAACCAAAUAUAACAAAACCGUGGACUUGUUUGCCCAAAUCUCUUGUCGGGCAGAACUGUACCUCUGAGCAUGGCUUCGACGUAUGCAACGACACCAAUGCUGCCUGUAACGGCGGCGAAUUUCCUAAAGUUGAUUUCAACCAAUCAUGUCAGUCGACAGGAGAGUGUUUGGAUAUAGACGCUGUAUGCAUUAACAACACGUGCGAUUGCAAGAACGACACUUACUUGGUCAGCGGGCGAUUUUUAUACUGCACCUAA